AUGUCCUGCCCGGAGAAGUGCCAGACGUGCGAGCCCUGCCAGCCCUGCCGGCCCUGCCAGCCCUGCGGCCCGACCCCGCUGGCCAACAGCUGCAAUGAGUGCUGUGUCAGGCAGUGCCAGAGCUCCACCGUCGUCAUCGAGCCCUCCCCGGUGGUGGUGACCCUGCCCGGCCCCAUCCUCAGCUCCUUCCCUCAGAACACCGUUGUGGGCUCCUCCACCUCCGCCGCCGUUGGCAGCAUCCUCAGCUCCGAGGGAGUGCCCAUCAACUCCGGGGGCUUCGACCUCUCCUGCAUCACCAACCGCUACUGCGGCUCCAGGUGCAGACCCUGCUAAAGCCACCGCUGACAGCCCAGCCAAGGAGCCCCGCGAACCCAGCAGAUGACGCCAGACUGAACGACGGAGACUGCGGCCGUGCCUCGGAGAGGGGCUGAGCGUGCCCCGCUCCUCCUCAAAGGGAGGCAGCCCUGGGCAAGGGGCCAGCCCGGGCUCUCUGCAAACACGGCCGCUGCCUCUCAUUCCCUUCCUCCACUCUCUGCUUUCCCUCCUUUGCCUUCCUUGCUUUCUGCUCCCUGCAGCCUUGAGGGCCAGUGAAGACAGCUGAUGGGGAACUUGCCCACUAAUGGUUUUUGUGUGGCACUGAUCCUUGGCUGCUCAUAGGAACCCUUAACCUGUGGCCUCCUCUCGAGACAUCAUUUCCCUCUUUGGACUCAUUAAACUCUGAUGCAUCCCAGUCUCUGGCUCUGUGUGGUCCUUUCCUCUCUGGAUGCUCUCGAAUGCUGUCCAGGGAGCAAGGACAUAUUCUGGGAGGGAAUAAGUGUGUGAACCACGGGACCCUUUCUCAUUCCAA